GCACUUGGAGUCUUAUUCGGUAAUUGUUUAAAGUGAAACAGGAAAUAUUUAGUUCCUUUACGUGUCUUUCAGCAGAAUUUACAUUUCUUGUACCAUAGGUGGAUGAUUGAGUUAAAGUUAAAAGGCAAAGCCUAUAACCAAAGUAAAGUAGUUUACCUUCUCCACAAAUACAUCGAAACGAUUAAAUAUCAGAAGAAAUUGGAGGAACUCUCUGCAAAACAAUCUUUAAUUUACAGCUGUAACAGUUGGUUAUAGAAUAAAGUCUGGAAGAUGGGAUUACCAAAACCACAAGCAAAACCUGAAAUAAAGUGUACCAAGAUCUUUAUCAACAAUGAAUGGGUGAAUUCUACAAGUGGGAAAACAUUUCCAGUAGUUAAUCCAUCAACUGGAGAAAAGAUUGUUGAUAUACAAGAGGGAGACAAGGCCGAUAUUGAUAAAGCUGUUAAAGCAGCACAAGCAGCGUUCCAACCAGAUUCAGCAUGGCGGACAAUGGACGCAAGUACACGCGGAGAACUGUUACAAAAACUGGCGGAUCUUAUUGAGAGAGAUGCUGUUUAUAUGGCUAGUUUAGAAACGCUAGAUAAUGGAAAGCCGUUUAAAGAUUCAUAUGGCAUUGAUAUCCCUUACACGAUCAAAUGUUUACGAUAUUUUGCUGGAUGGUCUGACAAGAUACAAGGGAAGACGAUACCCAUUGAUGGAAACUUUUUCUGCUACACUCGUCACGAACCAGUUGGAAUAUGUGGACAAAUUAUUCCAUGGAACUUUCCAUUACUAAUGAUGGCCUGGAAAAUUGGACCGGCUCUUUGCUGCGGAAACGUUGUGGUGUUAAAGCCAGCCGAGCAAACACCAUUAACAGCCCUUUAUACAGCACAAUUGGCUAAGGAGGCUGGUUUUCCACCUGGAGUUUUGAAUGUGAUUCCUGGAUAUGGACCAACCGCUGGAUCAGCAAUUUCUCACCAUCCUGAUAUUGACAAGGUCGCAUUUACAGGAUCGACUGAAGUCGGUCAACUUGUGAUGGAAGCUGCUGCAAAGACCAACCUUAAGCGCGUCACAUUAGAACUUGGUGGUAAAAGUCCGAACGUUGUGUUCGCUGAUGCUGACUUGGAUUUAGCAGCAGAUAUGUCUCACUUCGGAUUAUUUUUUAACAUGGGACAAUGUUGUUGUGCUGGAUCAAGAACCUAUGUACAGGAAGAAAUUUACGAAGAAUUUAAGAAAAAAUUAGUGGACAGAGCAAAGAAAAGGCCUGUUGGGAAUCCCUUUGAUGAAAAACACGACUCCGGGCCACAGGUUGACAAAGAUCAGUUUGACAAGAUUAUGGAUCUGAUUGAGAGCGGCAAAAAGGAAGGCGCACAACUUGAAUGUGGAGGAAAGAAACUUGGAAGUAAGGGUUACUUCAUCGAGCCAACUGUAUUCUCCAAUGUCAAUGAAGACAUGAGAAUUGGGAAAGAGGAGAUAUUUGGUCCAGUACAACAGAUUAUUAAAUUUAAAACCAUGGAUGAAGUGAUUGAGAAAGCAAAUAAAACAUCAUACGGUUUAGCUGCUGCUGUGUUUACCAAAGACAUUAAUAAAGUAAUGACUUACACCAGCCGUGUCAAGGCUGGAACUAUCUGGGUAAAUUGCUAUAAUAUAUUGAGGACGACGUGUCCAUUUGGUGGCUUUAAGAAAUCAGGAAUGGGUCGAGAGCUUGGAGAAUAUGGUUUACAUCAAUACUCAGAAGUGAAAACGGUCAUCGUCAACACACCGACAAAAGUAUAGAAACUGAUCACGUUGAAGAAGACUUUGUUAUAGUGACACUAUUGUAUCUUGAAUUAGUUACCCUUAUAUAUCUAAAUAGUAAAAAUGUACAGUUGAAUCUUGGUUCCCAAUUAAACUUAUUUGAUAUAAUUUAUUAUGAGGUAAAAUAUGGGGAUCGUUAUAUAGUUGCCAGAGCACAUUGUAUCAUUUGUAUUGUGCUCAAUUUUACGAAGAAAAAAAGAUAUGACCUUAUAUGCAAAUGUCUUGAACCUUGCAAGUUUAGUGUUGAGUAAUUUAAAAAAGUUCAUAUUCACAUGAAAUCUUAAUUCUAAGUGUUACAUCAACAUUGACAAUUAAGCCUUUUAAUGGACCUAAUUUUCAAUAUAUUUUUUGCAUUCAUCGUUUAUGUGGUUUAUGGUCAAAUCUGUACAUAUAAAUUAUUGUUUUUAUUUUCAUAUUAUUAUGAAUUAAUUAUUUUAUCUUGUUACUAUGAUUAUUAAAUACUGAAAAUUUAAAUACUACAAAAAUGUGAGUACGAUUGAGUAUGUCGGAUAAGAUUUGACAUGGUAUAGUGUAUAGAAAUUAAUUUCAAAAUUUGUUUUUCUUUUCAAAUUUUCAAGGUUUUGCUUAUUAGAAUGGAUCUUUCUAUCAUUUAACUUAUAUUUAAAUAUUUAUUAGAAAUAAACGUAUUCAUUAU